AAAAAAACUAUUUCGUAGAAAGGACUGAUCUGAUCGUCGAAAAGAUUAAAAUAAUAACCAGCACUGGGUAAUGGUCUUAUGUUGCAUUAUGGAAAUUGCAAGAGGGAACGUGGACUAUGUUUAUUGCAGAAAUAGUUGGUACAGCAAUAUUAAUUUUUAUUGGUUGUAUGGCAUGUAUCGGUUCCUUGUUACCUACACCACUGCAAUCGUCUAUUGCAUUUGGUAUGACAGUAAAUCUUAUAAUUAUGAUGUUGGGUCACGUUAGUGGAGCUCAUUUAAAUCCAGCAGUUACAAUUGGUGCAGUAAUCGUAGGUUUAAAAAGUAUUCCAACAGGUAUCUUAUACGUAAUUGCACAAUUUAUAGGUGCAACUCUUGGAUACGGUGCAUUACAGGUAGUAAUACCAGGUGAUUUAUUUAACAAUGGUAAUUCAAAUUCGAUGGUUGGCGUUUGCAUGACUGUUAUUCAUCCUAGUGUCAGCAUUGCUCAAGCUAUUCUUAUCGAAGCAUUAUGCACUGCAUGCAUACUUCUCGGUGCAUGUGCAACAUGGGAUUCCAGAUGUGCUCAUACCACAGAUUCAACUGCUAUCAGAUUUGGUUUUUCCGUUGUUGCUAUCUCACUUGCUGCGGGACCAUACACGGGUUGUAGUAUGAAUCCUGCUCGUUCUUUUGGUCCUGCAUUAUGGAACAGUGAUUGGACUAAUCAAUGGGUUUAUUGGUUCGGACCAACAAUUGGUGCAUUAUUAGGAUCAUACGUUUAUCAAUUAUUCUUUUUAAACAAACCACGAAUAAAAUAUUAUAAUGAAUCAACGAUCGUCAAAAUGUAGGAUGGAAAUAAUUGAACAUAAUUUUUGAUCGUGUCAAAAUAAAGGUAAAUAUUUUUCUAUAUUAUCUACGAUUAGUAAAAUUUCUAUGCACUAAAUACACGAAACAAUUUUAUCUCAGAUAAUUAUUGUACGUUGGUAUAGUCAUUUUCAAGAUGAAAUUUCAACGUAGUAUUGGUUUCUUAUACUAGAUGGCAUUGUUACACACAAGGCUUCAAAUCAUUGAUUAUUUUUUUUUAUA